AUGGCUGUCGUCAUACAGGAGAUGAUUGGCUGCCAAUCGGCGGGAGUUAUGUUCACUUGUAAUCCCAUCACCGGUGAUGAGAGGGUACUGGAGAUCACCGGCAACUAUGGGUUGGGCGAAUCAGUGGUGUCGGCGUCGGCAGAACCCGACACAAUCAGACUGUCCGUCAACAUUAAGUCCAACUCCCUGUCCACACGAAGACAUGUCACGGGAAUUGUGUCUAAAGUGAUCGGACAGAAGAAGACGUCAAUCGUAUUAUCAGAAACCGGUGGCACUGUUGAGGAAGUGGUCGACAACAACACCGACUGUUGUGUUAGAGAUGAGGAUUUGAUAAGUUUGGCAGAUAUUGGACUUCAGAUUCACAGACAUUACGGAAACGCCAGAGAUAUUGAGUGGGGGCUAAAAGGGGGCCAAGUAUUUAUGCUUCAGUCGAGACCCGUAACUAAUUUAGACAACUCUUACACCGAUUACGAGAUUAUGCAUGAAAUGGAUUCCGGACACAAAUCCGAGUACGAGAUCUACACCCGAGCCCAUUGGGGCGAAAAUUUUCCCGGGGCAUCAUCUUGGAUAGUCUUCAGCUGGACCUUUGCCAAUAGAAAUGGAUUUUUCCGCUCCGGUAUCUCGCAUGGAAUGUAUAGGGAAGAGGAUUACAAUCCAUUCACACCGGCAAUGGGCGUCCAAUACAAUCAAAUGAUGUUUAACUUAACGAGUGGUCCGUUUGACUUCUUUACAGAUUAUCCGGAAUCGGUUCCCGCGAGUCAGGCAGUAGUGGCCCUCAUUGGUCACCACAUUGAGGACCCGGAUGUCUUAAACACGUUCAAAGAGAUCAGAAAAGAUACUAAUCUACCGCUUUGGACACCAAUUAAAGCAUUGAUGUAUAUGUUAUAUGCGAUCAUAACUGGUCCCAGAAAUCUGAUUAAAACCAAAACCAAAUACAUGGAUGACAUGAAGUACGACUUGGUGUCCAAACUGAGACCAUUGUUCACAUCUAAGCAAAUUUUGGACACAAUUGUUGCCGAUUAUCACGUCUUAGUUACGGCUCAGUUUGAUAGACACGGACCCGUCUCAAUGGGAUCCACAUUAAAACACAUGUUCUUGAGGUUGACUAUGGAGGCCGCACAGGGUUAG